AUGGCGGCAGGAAACAAAAAGAAGAAGAAGCCAGCUGCGAAUCCGGCCAGGGGUUUCGCCACAACGUCUGUCGCUUCCAAGCCCAAGGCGGACACUGUGUCUGAGGCCAACGCUGCCGUCCCGUCUGGUGUAGCUACUCCAACAUCUGGUAAGCACAGCGGUGCUUCUACGACAGGCCAGGGCAAUGCUGCUGUUGAGACCGCUCAGCCCAGCUCGACUGCCGACCGAGAAUUGCACGAGCUCAGUCCUGAGGAACUCGAAGCCCAGCUCGAAGCGUCCGAACUGCAGCAAUUCGUAGAGAAACAUGCAGCCAAAGUCAAGAAGGAGGCAGCCCGUCAGGUCGCUCGCCUCCAGACAGAUAAGCGUGUUCUUCGUGGUCAGGCCGACUAUCUGUCGGUCAAGGACUGGCUACCAGAAGAAAUCAUGCUGCAAAUUUUGGAUCUUACCGCGUCGGACCUUAGGCAUGAUCCGAGUCUGCACAAGAUGCCGACUCUUCCUCAAGGUGACGACUUAGUAGCAAAGGUAUGGCAGUUGCGCCAAUGUCUCUUGGGUCUCGAUCUUCCUUCUGCCCGAAUCAGCGAGGUGCUAGGGUGGGUUGUAUCGAACCCACCUACAGAUCCUUCAUCAGGUACGGUAUGGGGACUGGAGGAAUGUUUGGAAUGGAUGUCUCUCAACGGCAAGGAAGGAGAGUUGGACGAAUACGACUAUCAGAAACCAAGGUCUACCGCCGCAAUGCGUGACAAUAAUGAAAGUGACUCGGACGAAACGACAAAGGUCGAAAGCGCAGCUUCCGAGAAACUCGACUCUCCGAUUGCAGUCAACGAACAGGCCGAGGACGACUCCACUGCCGAAAAUGUGGAUGUCAGCGACCUCGAAAGCGACCUGGAGCCAGACGAGCUGCUCUCCGUCUACCUUAGAACGAAAGGCAAGCUAUACAUGCUCAACCCCCAUUCUGACACUUCAAAAGGACGUGGAAAGCGCAAGGCCGCCAAUGGACCUCGCCAAGCCUAUAGAGGUGGCGCAGAGCGGAAGCUCGAGCAGAAGCUGUUGAAGAUCGAGUCAGAUGUUCUGUUCGAUCAGCGCGAAGCCGACGCUCACUGGGCAGGUCAGAAGAUUGAGCUCGCUAGAGAGGCAGCAGAUCGAAGGAAGCUGCAGCUACACAGCGAGAUAGUUGCGCCUGCAAGGUCUGUCACCGCAGUUGUCGGGUCUGGAGGUGUGAACGACGAAGCUGAAAAGCUUGGACAAGAUCUGUUGAAGGAAACAGAAGAGGCCGAGGAUGAUGAUCUCCUAAAUGGAAUGUUCGAUGCCUUGCCAGGAGUUGAUCAGGACAAUGGCACAGUGUCGUCAGAUGGCCAUGCAGCCAACGUCACUAUCCGCGAUUUUGGCAGACUUGUUGGCAUGAACCCAAAACGGGUACUGGAAGAGGCCUGCAAGGCGCGAGAUGGCCGGUGUAAGAUCACGUAUCGACUCGUCUCGCCCACCACGUAUGCAAGUCGACACGCAGUGGCGAUCCAGUGGUCCAAGGAACAGGAGCCGCUGGAAGCCUCGUACCUUGCUGCCACGUCUCUGGUCACUAAAUCAGCCAGCAUGACCAUCACCAUGACCGAGGUUGCUACCCCUGACAUUGCUCAAAGCGAGGCUUACGCUGCGACUGCGGCUCUGUUCAUCAUCUUCUCCGGCUCGCCCAAGGAAGAGAAGGCGCACAUGCGACUUCCUCCGGCAUUCCGGAACCUUUGGGACGAAUUUGCCAAGGCCAAGCAGGAACACCUUCUUGCGGAAGACGGCUGCGUGGUCAAAGAAGUCCGAGCAUUGAUUGAGCAGCAUCGUAGCACGGACGACGAAAGCGAUGACGAAGUCGUUUUCAACGUGAACAAUCGACGUAGACUGGAUAUCGCUAGUGGCGCCAAUACCCCAAUAUCGCGCCACGAUGCACGACGGCCAGCUACACCGGAAUUCUCAGAAGAACUGCAGCAAAUGUGGCUACGCAAAACGAGUAUGCCCAGAUACCAGCAGAUGUUGCGUUUUCGCAUGAACUUGCCCAUGUUUCGCUUUCGACAAGCGGCGUUGGACGCGAUACAAAGACAUCAGGUCACUAUUCUCUGUGGAGAGACGGGAUGUGGAAAAUCGACGCAGCUGCCAGCGUUUAUCCUAGAGAACGAGCUGUCGAAUGGUCGACCAUGCAAGAUCUACUGUACGGAGCCACGCCGAAUAUCGGCAAUUUCUCUUGCCCAAAGAGUCAGCGAGGAAAUGGGAGAGAGCAAGGGUGACGUCGGUACACCUCGAUCACUGGUCGGCUAUGCUAUCCGCCUCGAAUCGCAGACCAACGCAAACACACGAUUGGUAUAUGCGACUGUCGGAAUUGUGUUACGCAUGCUGGAGAACGCCGAUGGCAUCAGCGAGGUCACUCACUUGGUCAUUGAUGAAGUGCACGAGCGAAGCAUCGACACGGACUUCUUGUUAAUCAUCCUCCUCUCACUCAUGAUGAAACGACCAGACCUCAAGGUGAUACUCAUGAGUGCCACAGUCGACGCCCAGAAGUUUUCCAGGUACUUGCAUGGAGCGCCGAUCAUUGAAGUCCCUGGCCGGACGUUCCCGGUGCAAGCACAAUUUCUGGAGGAUGCUAUUGAGUUGACUGGACAUACGAACGAAGACGCAUCAGCAAAUGCCGUUGAUGAAGACGAACAAGACGACAGUGAGCAGAAGACCGUGGAGCAGCAGAAGCUGGAGGGCUAUAGUAAGAAGGCGCGGCAGACUCUGGCGAGCUACGACGAAUAUCGCAUUGACUACAGCCUGAUGGUGAAACUAAUUGACAAGAUCGCCUACUUGGACCAGUAUCAACCUUUCAGUAAAGCAAUCUUGGUGUUCCUGCCAGGUCUUGCUGAGAUACGCCAACUCAACGAUAUGCUGAGCGGGCAUCCCAAGUUCUUGAAAGGCUGGCAAAUCUUUCCGCUACAUUCAACCUUCUCGAGUGAGGAUCAGCAAGCAGCUUUCGAGGUACCGCCUCCAGGCGUCCGCAAAAUCGUUCUGGCCACCAACAUUGCGGAGACCGGCAUCACCAUCCCAGAUGUGACCUGUGUCAUCGAUACUGGCAAGCACAAGGAGAUGCGAUUCGAUGAACGCAGGCAGAUGUCGCGACUCAUCCAGACCUUCAUCGCGAGAGCUAACGCCAAACAACGUCGGGGCCGAGCUGGUCGGGUUCAGGAAGGUCUCUGCUUCCAUCUCUUCACCAAACACCGUUUCGAGCACAUGAUGGUGGACCAGCAAACACCAGAAAUGCUGCGGCUUUCGCUACAAGAUCUUGUCAUGCGCGUCAAGAUCUGUAAGCUCGGCAGCAUCGAGCAUGCUCUUGCGCAAGCACUCGAUCCUCCGUCAGGCAAAAACGUCAGAAGAGCUAUUGAUGCUUUGAUCGAGGUUGGUGCCCUCACUUCUGGUGAGGAACUGACUUCCCUAGGUACCCAGCUUGCAAAACUGCCACUAGAUGCACAACUCGGAAAGCUCGUUCUGCUCGGAAGCGCAUUCGGAUGUCUUGACUUUGCCUUGACAGCGGCAGCCUCGCUCUCAUCAAAGUCACCCUUCUUGUCGCCCAUGCAUGCAAGGAACCAGGCCGAUACUGUACGAUUGGGCUUCAAGCGUGGUGACUCGGAUCUGCUCACGGUAUACAAUGCGUAUAGCACGUGGCGCAAAGUGUGCACCACUGCUGGCAUCCCGGAAUAUCAGUUCUGCAACAAAAACUUCCUCAGUCCCCAGAACCUUGCCGGUAUUGAAGAUCUCAAAGCACAGCUACUGGGCUCGCUCGCGGAUGCUGGUGUCGUGCAUCUUGGUCCAGAAGACAAGCAAGCUCUUGCGCGACUGCGCCACAACCCCCGAAAGCGCAACUUUGUCACAUUGCCAAACCUGUACACUCGCGCAGAUGAUAAUGAUGCAGUUGUGGCCUCGGUCGUGGCUUGGAGCUUCUACCCCAAAAUUGUCAAACAAGACGGGAAAGGUUGGCGCAACAUUGCCAAUAACCAGUCCCUUGGCCUCAACCCGAAAUCUGUAAACAAGAACUCCUUGCAGCCCAACGUCAACUACUUGUCGUUCUACAGUAUCAUGCAAUCUUCCUCGCGCUUCACAAAUGCGAACGAGACCACUGCCGUCUCAGAGAUUCCACUCAUUCUGAUGGCGGGAGAUGCGAGAUUUGAGACGUACGCCGGUGUGGUCAUCAUCGACGGCAACCGAUUGCGCUUCAAAGUCAGAGACUGGAGAACCAUGAUUGUGCUCAAGGUAUUGAGAAGCAAGAUUAAAGAGGUCAUGGCAAAGCUGUACAAGAAUCCUGGAAGAGAUCUAGGCGAUCGACCGAGGAGAUGGAUGGAGGUUCUCGAGAAGAUUUUUGAGAGGCAAAAGCCUGUUCCGCAAGUUCCGCCUGGAAAAUCUUGAAGGGGUUGUUUGGUGCCCUCAGAUUCUUCACAAGACUCUCACUCGACAGCUUUGUGUGUUGUUGAUCUCUGAGAGGGGUAGCAGAAGACGGUAGACUAAGUCAUGGCAGAGCCUGGGGGUACUCUAGGUGACGCAUUCGCGUUCCUGGUGCCAAUUGAGGUACGACCCAAAAAGGCCGACUCUGUUAGGUAGUUAGUUCCAAGUGCUUAAGAAUAUCCAUCACUAGACGAC